ACAUACCAGGUGGCAGGAAGAAAAGUUAACCUCAAUCAACAACAUAUAAACAAAUCUUUUCGAAAUGUUCCUUUCUGAACCUUUCCUAUUCAUUUUAGCCCUAAUAGAUACCGGAGCGAUACUUUUUCUUCUGAUAUAUUUUGUGAUAACGCUUUCAGAUUUAGAAUGUGAUUACUUAAACGCUCAACAAUGUUGCUCGAAACUGAAUCAGUGGAUGCUUCCAAAACUUAUAGCACAUACUCUAUUAUCUUGCCUAUUACUAGUACAUGGACAUUGGUUACUGGUGUUAAUAAACUUCCCGAUGGCACUUUGGUGUGGCUACGAGAUUAUAUCUGUGCCUAGUGGAAAUCUUGGAGUUUUCGAUCCCACUGAAAUACACAAUAGGGGACAACUGAAGAACCAUAUGAGAGACUGUAUGAUACACUUAGGAUAUUAUUUAUUGUUCUUCUUCCUCUAUCUUUACUGCCUCAUCAUUUCUUUCUUGAAGGGUGAUCCUUUAAAUAGAGAUGAAGAAGAUGAAGUGAUAUUCUGAAAAUUUCUCCAUGUAUAUGUAUAUAUUGAAUUUAAUUUAUUCUUAGUUUAUAUCUUAUAUAUAAGUCAUUUUGUUAGAGUACUUAUACUAUUGUUGAAGUCGUUAAAUCUUCCAAUCAAAUAUUGCACUCGCCUAGGGUGUCAUCACUAAAAAUUCUUCCUUAAGUCAACAGAAUUCUUUGAAUUUUUCCAUUGCACAAAUCAUAUUAACAUUAAAAAUUAGCUCAAAAAUGAUACUCAAUAUUUGUACAAUUUUAUAUCUCUCAAAAUAAAUUCAAUCUUUCUGAACAAAUAAAAUAAUAAAUGAAACAUUUCGAACAUUA